AGUUAGAGUGAAACAAAUAUACUUUUUCUUUCACUCUACCUUAUUGCACCAGUCCAGCAGUGCAGCUAUAAAGAACAGACCAGCCGUGUCGAGUAUAAAAAAAUGUGACAUGGCGCAGCUAAGAGACCUGCCGCGUCCCAAGGAAUAGUUAAAAUAAACGUCUGCGAAGGAGGGGGAGGAGGAAGCUCGUAGUAUCAUACACAUUUCGUGACGUUGAUCGUGCGAAUAGCGAUGUGUUCCUUGAAUGAUAAUUAAUUUUACGAUGAACCAACACGUGUUCGAGAAGCAAAGCGUUUCCCGAAACGUCACGGAAAGCGUCUUAACUUAACCUAUUUCUACCUUCAGAGGAAUCUCAGCAUUAUACAUGAAAAAUAUGAUGUCCAACGGUGUUCAGGCUUCAAAUGAACAACUUAAUCAUAACUCGAUGGCAAAUAAUGUGCACCAUUCAACUUCCACAUCGUCGUCAGCCUUGAAUUCUCCACUUAUGAAGCUGUCUUCGUAUUUUUUGGCAGUUCGGCCAUGGUCGUUGAGUGCAUCGCUCAUGCCAACGCUUCUUGGAUCGGCGCUCGCGUACCGACUGACAGGCCUAGCAAGUUUCAAUUGGGUAUCCCUGGUGCUCACCGUGUUCACAGUGCUUUGUGUACAUGGUGCUGGUAACGUAGUCAACACCUAUUUUGACUAUAUCAAGGGUGUUGAUAGCCGGCAGAAGAGUGACGAUAGAAUAUUAGUGGAUCAUUUGUUGUCCAAGGAUGAAUUGGUUUCAUUGGGGGCUUUUUUAUAUGCAGUCGGCUGCUUAGGAUUCGUUCUGUUAACGUUUAUCUCACCUGCUAAGAUGGAGCAUUUGGCUUUCAUUUACUUCGGAGGCCUGUCCUCGUCUUUUCUUUACACGGGAGGCAUAGGGUUGAAAUAUAUUGCUCUAGGCGAUGUACUUAUAUUAGUUAUAUUCGGUCCAAUCUCGGUCCUGUUUGCGUUCAUGGCGCAGACUGGUCAUAUCAAAUUAGGAAUAAUAUAUUAUGCAAUACCGCUCGCAUUAAAUACCGAGGCUAUCUUGCAUAGCAACAACACGAGAGAUAUGGAGAGCGAUAGACGUGCAGGAAUCGUAACAUUAGCGAUUCUGAUAGGUCAUACUGCGUCUCAUGUUUUGUAUGCUUUUUUACUUUUUACACCUUAUAUAAUUAUUGUCGUAUUGGCAUUAAGAUAUUCCAUAUUAUUUUUAUUGCCAGUUAUCACUCUGCCGUAUGCCUUUAAGAUAGAAAAGGAAUUUCGCAACCCGUAUAAAAUUCAAGAUGUGCCUAAACGAACAGCUAGGUUAAACAUGUAUCUAAGUAUUUUGUACGUUGUUGCUUGCUUGCUUGUGGGCUCGCUUCCUUACCAGUAAAUCAUUAUAAAACUGUUACAUUAACCACGGAUUACUCUAUUUGAUAAUUUACUGAUGUUUUGCUCAAGAAAAUUUUAUCGAGAUUUGUAAUUACAAUAGCAAUCGAUACAUAUCUGCUAUACAGCAGUAUGUAUGUUCGCAAAUUCACCAAUUAUCAAUCAUUAUUGUCUUUUUCUCCAUAAGAGUAAUUCAGGGUUGAUAUACUUAACAAGGUCAGAAUUCAUACAUACUGGCAGCUGUUGUUAGCUGAAUAAAUUUUGUAAUUACAUUGGAGUUUCUCGACCGUUACGAAUAAUGUGAUUAAUUUGGAAUUAUAUAUUUAGCACAAAGAAAGGACUGUUAUCUAUUAAAAAUGUUUAUGUCAUACUUGCCUCAAGUACAAAUCGAUCUCUAUGAUUUUAAAUGUUUGACACGAAAUUAAAUAUCCGUGAAAUGCAGCUCGAAUAUUAUGUUAAAUCGCAUUAUAUUAUUACACACAACGCAAUAAUGCAGUAACUAAAGUGUAACACAAAAAAGAAAAAGUGAGAGAGAAAGAGAUAUAUAAAAAUUAAGACUUUAAAAUCGGAAAGACAGCAGUGUAGUUUUUUCCUUUCCUCUAUUUUCAGUAUCAUUAAUAUAAUAUUAAGUUAAUGAGUCCUUUAUGAGUCUGCUCCAGAACUAAAUUAUUCAAAACAAAAACAAAAUUUGAUAUCUUGAUUUGAUUUGAUGGAAUAAAUAUAUGAAUAUAAUUUGCGUAUUUUUUAUAGUUUUCAUAAUAAAAUACGCAAUUGUUUUAUUAUACUAUUAUUUAAUCUAUAUUCUAUAUACAGGGUAUCCCAUGAUGAAAAGAGCUACUGGGAUCAAUGGAUGCAUUCAAGAAUAUUUCUGUGAAUGAUUUAUAACUAUGCUCAGUGAGUACUUUUCACUUACUGUACGUCUGACAGUUGCAUAAUGGACGAAGUCUCCUGAACACAUUCAAUUUAGCAGAAAACUUUUCCUAAACAUGAAUCAAAUUCACAAUUUACAAGUUUCACAGUUACAAACGUUUAAAGCUAAAAUUAGUUACAAUUUUAUUGAAAUUCAUGUUUAUCGUUUUCUAUUUAAAUUGAUUCCACGCUCUUUUAGUAUGUACUAUUUGUUAUGAGGUAUCCUGUACAUUAUUUAUAUGUUUUUUAUGUUGCAAUCUACGUGCAUAACUUGUAAGUUUAACACAGUGACGCUAUAUAAUUAUUGGAUGCAUACAAAUACAUAUGACGUAAUAUAUUUUAUACUGAUAUAACAUACUUUAUUUUCACGAAAACAAUGUUCAACAUAACAAGUUUAUUAUUAAAUAAAUUAUUAAAUAAAUUUUUUAUUUUUAAUGUCGUUCAAGUAUUCAAGUAUUAGUGACCACUAAUGACACUACAUGAUAGCAUAAUUCUGUGUAGCCUUUAGGCAUAUUAUAAAACAGUUAUAAUUUAAUGUUUAUUUAUAUAAGCGAUAAGAUAUAAAAGAUUUUUACGGUUGUGUAAUAUUUAUUUUCUUAGAGAAUUCGAAUACAUAUAGAAAUAAAUUGAAAAUAGCGGUAUUAUGUGAGAAUAUAGUUCUUCUACUUCUACCUGUAAAUCGUAACUAAGUUAAUUAUGUUAAACUAUAAAAAAACUAUGUAUCUUCUGCGUACACAUAGCAAAA